GAUCGAUUUCGGCGGGGGGCUCGCGUCCGCGUUUUGCAUUCGCAAGGAAUCUUCUUCCAGUUUCGCGUUGCCCGACGGACGCGGGAAAAGAUGGGGGAAAAAAGGGCGCGUUUAGCCCGUUCCCGCACCGGGGAACAGGAAUCCCUUGGAAAUGCGUGGGGGGGUCCACCAACAAAAUUAUGGAUCGAGGCAACGAGGCGAGGGUUCACGUCUGCGCAUGACUACCCGUUGUUGUUAGCCUACCCGACAUACACACAUACACACGCGCACGGCACACGCGUACGCACACGGCGAAACGAACGCGGGAGAACCGCGCGCGAGGGGCCUCUCCUGGAGAACCUCUCCUCCGAGAUCUCUUGUUCGCGCGCGCGCGAGUUUCAUACAUCAUCGCGAGUUUAUCAACAACGAUGGCUCGAGGCUCGAAACACGACGACGUCCGUCCGCACACGUGAACCCGCGACGUGAUAGGCGAUAGGCGAUCGGACGCGUGAGGCGAGAGGGGGGGAGGGGGAGGAGGAGCACGCUCGCAGGAAAAAUUCCGAAUCGGUGUGGAUUCUCGAAUCGGUCUCGUCUCGACGCGAACGCGAGCGGUACCGAGAAAGAGGAGCGGAUUCCGUCCGGAGAUCGAUAAUUCUCGAUAAAGAUGGGCGAGAAAACGUUCAACCUUACAUGGAACAAUCACCUGGCGAAUUUGUCGGGUUUAUUUGAGACUCUUUAUAAGAGCGGAUCCUUGACGGACGCAACUUUGGCUUGUCAGGGCGGCAUGCUGAGGGCCCACAGGCUGGUGCUAGCGGCGUGUAGUCCUUAUUUCGAAAGAGUCUUUAAGGAGCACUACGGAGAACAACCUAUUCUCAUUUUAAAAGGAGUCGCCGUCGAGGAAAUGGAAUGCCUCCUGGACUUCAUGUACAGAGGCUCCAUCGAUGUGGCGGAGGAGCAUCUUCCCUCGCUGAUAAAAACUGCCACCGACCUGGAGGUACGCGGCCUCUCCGGGGAGCAGAAGAAUCAGGAGAGCGAUCGCAAUCUCUACACCAGAGUCGAGACGCGAAUGCCACGGUGUCACAUCGAGAACAGAGUGCACACUACCGAGUACAUCAAGGAGCCGUCGGUGAUUCAUUUCCUGCCGAAGCAUCCGAGUGUCGAUUCGAUGGACGACCACAAAGUGGAUGAUAUCGAAGUGGAGGACGAUCCGAUGGUGAUCGACGGACACGAGGACAGUUUCGACGAACUCCCGCAAUCCACGGAAACGCAAAUUAAACGUAUGCCGCCUCCGAUGUACAAACGGGAGACUAGAUUCAAAGGUCAGAAAAGGGUAUCCGUAGGCCGCGUAACGCGAAACAGCGACCCACAGGAAUCAAAGUCGAAAGACACUUCGCGAGAAUCGAGCUGCGAGGAUUCCUCGAGAGUCAUCAAGUGCGAGACGAGUCUCAAUGACGAAUCCGCGGAUAUCGCAUCGGACAUGCAGGAAACUUUAAAAGACGAAUCACCGAAGGUAGGAGUGAAGAGGAAGUAUGACGUUAUGAAAAAAACGAAGGAAGGGAACGAAGGGAGGGAGACGAGAACGCUUAUCAAGUCCGAAAGAGCGCAGCAUAAGCCUUUCUCUUGCGAUCUUUGCACCCUGGCAUUUACAAGAGCGUCGCACUUGGCGAGGCAUAGAAGGGUGCACACCGGCGAAAGACCGUUCGCCUGCAGUAUCUGCCCGCGAAUGUUCGCCAGGCAAGACAAGUUGAAGCAACAUUUGGACGCGCACCUGCAAUGGCCGAAGAGGAAAGAGCAAUUACUCUCCUCGUUCCCGACGAGGCCGAAACGCGGCAGACCACGUAAGCUUAAUGUGGAACCAUCUGCAUUGGAACAAAUUUUGAAGUUCGGCGAAUUUAGCUCUCUGUUGAACAAGUCGCAUUCCUCGAAUUCGGCGAAUAAGAGUGAAAAUUCGGGAAACACUGAAGACGAUGGCAAGAAGAAAGAAGCUCAUCGAGACGAGGACGACCAAAGGGAAAAGGACAACCGCGGUUGCCAGGUCGAGAAUGGCCAGGAUAUCGUUUAAUAGAAUCUUCAUUUGAAAUCUGGAUUUAAAUGCCCUUAAACCAUAUUUUUCUAUAUACAAUCGCGAUAAGCGAUAAUAAUCGCAAGUCGUAAAGAAGGGAAAAAUUUAUCGAGUUUCUCUGAAAAAUCGUGGUAUCCUUUUUCCCGGAUCUAUUUCGAGUUCAAUUGGGCUUGUAACGUCUUCUCGUCAUCGAUUGAAUAUAUAUAUAUAUAUAUAUAUAUAUAUAUAUAUAUAUAUAUAUUAUAUAUAUGUAUAUGCAAACGAGCACUCGCGUCGCUAUUACUGUGAACUGUUUUAACGUAAGUACCUGAGAUAUCGACUACUAACGUUACUACCAAAGCGCACGAGUCUCCAGAGAAUUCAACGGUAUGAAUGAGAGCCGAUUAUCGUCGACUCGGCGCAUCGUCAUCAAUGUCAUUAUUAUCGAACGAUAAGAUUAAUAUAAAGUUUACAGAGCUAGGAAAUUAGGCACGUAUUUUGGGCCGAUUUCAUUGUCGACGCUCACAUACUAUAUUAAUAAUAAUAAUUAUAAAAUAGUAAUAAUACAUAUUUAUAAUAUGUAAUAAAUAUAAUUAUAUAUAAUACGAACAUUCUUGAGAUAAAGCGUCACACAUUAGGCGGUUCGUUACUUUCGUAAGAAACGAAUGACAAGAUAGGGACGACGAUGGGUCGACAACAAAAUCGACCUGAAAUGCAAUCAAAUUCCAGCUCUGGGAUACCUGCGCUCUACAGGAUGGGCCACGUAAAGUGGUAUCAGCUAUUUUCUUGGAAUCUAUUCGAGAUAGCGACACAACUUUUUCUGAAUUCUUUUAAGAUUCCUUGGAAUCUUUCGUGUGACAUUGCUGCGGAAAGAGGACUAACUUUAUUUAUUCAGUCAGAUAUAUUUUGAUAUUUUAUAUAAAAUAUCUCAUAAAAUAUUAAUUUUUCAAUUACUUUACCUUGAUACUUUGAUACUUUAAUGUGGGGAAAAUAUAUAAUUAUUUUAAAAAAAUAUAUGUUUUGCAUGUACAAUUACAUUCUUUUUUUAAAUAUGAAUAUAGAAAGAAGAAGAUAGAACGAAUUUUUUCCCUAUCUCGAAUAAAUUCCAAGAAAAUAGCUUGUAAUAUCUUACAUGGCCCAUCCUACAUGUAGAAUACAUUGUAUUAAACCCGACCAAAUAAUAUACGCGUGAAGAAUACGGCCUGACUUUCACUGUAAACAAUCUUGAUCUCUAAUGUAUCGUCGCCUAAAUAUUUUACAAUACAAUGCGACUUUCCAGAUGAUUUGAAAUUCAAAAGUAUCCGACGGAGUGACUGUAAAGGCAUUUACGAAAUGACGCGUGUGAAUAAUAUUAUUCUCUAACGUGAAACUUGAUAAAGAGCUCGUAACAUAUAUAUAUAUAUACGUAUACAUAUAUAUACAUAUAUAUAAUACCGUAAUAUAUAGUAGUCUGAUACAGUGUGAGUCAUGCCUACGUAGUAAUAUUUUGUCAUACGCGCGAUAAUAUGUCAAGUACAAAUGUCCAGAUGUUAGACUACGCGUACAACACUCUGCCACUCUGCGACGGCGUAAAUUAGUGUGCGAGUAUUCGAACAUUUCCUGAGAAAAUUAUUUUAUACUCUCCCUUGGAGGACAAAAUUUUCGAAUAACUGAAUAAAAAAAAGAAAUGUUCGAUUCUCCAAAAUAGAAAUAGAAGGUAAAGAAUUUACGAGCCUUUCUUAUUUAAAUUGCAAUUAAUGAAAUGAUGAAGAGGCUGAGGUUCAUGUAGAACAAUUUUUUUCCAGAAAGCCAAGGCUCGAUUCGAAUUGUAGCGUCAUUAAGGAUAACGAUAACGAGUUUGAAACUCGAAUUGAAGUGCGUUUUUGAUUCGAGUAACUAAUUAUGCUGAAUAGUAAAACGCGAAUGCUCGCACACCCUCUGCGUAAAUAAUGGGCCUAGGGUUCCUCACGAUUUAUUUAGAUUCGCGACUGGUGUAGCGUAUUUUUCUUUCUCAUAGAGAUUUGUGCAAUGUCGAGGGAAACUCGUCUUCGAUUACGAACGUUCGUCGGAUCGGCCCUAAAUACGAAACAUUCGUACGAACGUUCGUCUCGAUACACGUCGGAAAAAUAUCGUGUGAUUGUCAGUGUCAUUAUAAUUGGUUAUUAUUGUUGUAUAUGAUAAUUGAUUGUUGUUGUAAGAACUGCAUUCUGUUUUGUUAAUUGGCUGUUGCUCGAUCUCACGGACGCCGUUCACCCAUCCGUGACCGUGUCUUUUCCCGUACGGCAACGUGCAAUUAUUUUCAGUGAUACCGACACCCUGGUCGCUGCCGAGCGAACGGCGAGGUGUGCGAAAGGUUCAUAUCUUGCAUUCUAUAUAGUGUGUAGCGCGUGUAAAUAAAUUUUCAAGUGAUGAAGAGAA